AUCAGUCAUCAAUCAUCUCAAUGCUGCUUGGCGCUUCGCAGACGCUCGAGGUGGCAACCGGCCCGGGGAAAAUGCAUCUCUCCUCAGUGAUAGGCCAACAAAGUAUUUCGAGCUAUGAGCAUACAUACAAUCAAUCUGCAAACGUCCUUCCUUUGAGACACUCACUUGCACAGAUUCGCAGAACAGCCUUCGCAACUCCGCACAAACAUGGCACCAGCAGCUCUCGUGGCGACGCCCGACGAGGCUAUCACAAUCAAGAAGAAUGGCAACGAUAACGCAGUAGCAAAGAAGCAGAAAACUCCCCUCGAAAUGAUCUGUCAAGGCACAAGUCUCCCCGGCAUCCCCCAAUUCGUCUCCUUCGACACACAUCGACAAUGGAUGCUCGAGCACAUGGCCCUCGCCUUUCGAGUAUUCGCUCGCAAGGGUUACACAGAGGGCAUGUCAGGACAUAUAAGCGUCAGAGAUCCAGAGAAUCCGCAUGCAUUCUGGACAAAUCCUCUCGGACGCCACUUCGCCAUGCUGAAAGCGAGCGAUAUGAUCCUCGUGGAUUACGAUGGGAAAGCGAUAGGCGGGAAUAUGAGCAGACCUGCAAAUGCUGCGGGGUUUCUGAUUCACUCUGCUGUACACAAGGCGAGACCGGAUGUUAUUGCGGCUUGUCAUACACACAGUCCUGCGGGUAAGGCUUGGUCCACGUUUGCUCGACCCCUGGAGAUGUUGAAUCAAGACGUGACAUAUUUCUACGGUGAUGCGCAGGCGGUUUAUAAGGAAUUCGGAGGUGUGGUAUUCACAGAAGAGGAAGGAGAAAGAUUAGCGGCAGCUCUCGGACCAAAUGGCAAAGGCAUGAUUCUCAGAAAUCAUGGUUUGCUAACUGUGGGAGGAACGGUCGAUGAAGCUGCAUACCUAUACACGCUUAUGGAGCGAAGUUGUGAAGUGCAGCUGCUGGUUGAGGCUGCCGCUGCGAAUGGAGUGCCAAAGGUCUAUGUACCUGAAGAGAGCGCCAAGUACACCUUCGAGCAUGCUAGUGAUCCGGAGGCGCUCUAUUGCGAGUUUCAGCCGGACCUGGAGUAUGAGAUAGAGCUUUGCGGUGGCGCACAUGCCCUAUAAUGAGGCAGUCGCUCGCUGUUGGAGCUGGAACAUAUGACGCAGACCAAUAUGGGUGCAGCAGUCGUCUGCACACACGAGAUGAUCGGGCCGUCAUCUUCUUCUCGCGGAGUGGUAUCAGUUGGCGCAGGGAGUCUCAACCAGACCCAACCUUGUGAGCGUUCUUGAGCUCCCACACUCCUCCUUUCAUACCAAGACCCCACUUCACGAACUGUGUCCCAAGUCAGCACUCACUCAAAUCUGUAGUAGAUACACCUCAAACAUACCAUCCCGAACUUAGCAUUAAGCGACUCGAUGCUAGAA